AUGCCUCGUUUCAUUAUCCGACCGUAUCAGGAUUCUGACUAUGACGUGGCCCGAAAUUUGUUUGCUUGCGGCAUUGAAGAGCACAGUGGCGAAGCCUUUAGACACGCCUUACGGCUACCGCACAUCUGGCUUCCGUUGUCCUUCCUGUUCCUUUUUCCUGCAUUACACCUUGUGUCUGUCACUACUUCCAUCCUUGCCAUGACCUUGGCAGUGGCGGGUUUAUGGUUCGGAGCCCGGAAUUUGCAUACGUCGUAUGUCCGGUUUUCCCUGUCGGAUGACCUGAUGGACAUCCGGAAGUACUACAUGGAGCGGGAUGGUUACAGCUUCUGGGUGGCGGAGUCAGGAGGAGAGUUGGUGGGGACAGUGGCCGCUCUUCCUUCUUCACAACCCGGUGGAGAAAAACACUUAGAAGUCAAGCGUCUUUCGGUGUCUAGAAAUCACCGCGGUGAAGGAAUUGGUAAGGCAUUGUGCAGGACGGUGAUUGACUUCGCCCAGAAGAGAGGCUGCGAGGCGGUGGUGUUAACGACCACCGAACCCCAGAUCAAUGCCUGCAAGAUGUAUGAAAAGAUGGGCUUCAGACAUAUGCAAACAUUUAUUCCGCCCGCCUUCAAGUACAAAUUAUUGGACUUUAAAGUCUUGGCCUACCAGUAUGACCUCCCAAACCAUCGAUGA